UGGGGUGCUUAGCCCUUACUUCAAUCUUUGAAGAGUCAAACUGCACAAACUCAACCCUUCUGUUGGUUCAAUGAGUAGUAACUUUCCUUUCAUUGACUAUGCUAUUUCCUCGCUUACCCUUUGAUUCACUUAUUUAUCUAAACCCCAUAAACUGCAUAUUUUCUUCUUCUUGCACACAAAUACUGUUUUUUCAUUCACACCCUUUUCAUCAUUGGUGGUGGUGUUCUGUCCCGAGGAAGAAAAAACUUUCAUCAUGGGAAAUUCUUGCAGAAAACCAGUGGCUCAUGUGUCUUCCACAAGUUUCUUUGGAAGCACAAAGUCUCAAAGUAAGAAAAAACAGAACUCAAAUUCUCCUGAACAAAAAUUUUCUUUAAAAACUUCUUCAGCAUCAAUUGUUGACAAACCCAUCUCCAACAACCUUAAGAUCUUCACCUUCAAUGAUCUAAAAGAGGCAACUAAGAACUUCAGGCAAGAAAACUUAAUUGGAGAAGGAGGGUUUGGGUUUGUCUACAAGGGAUGGAUAGAUGAGAUCACCUAUGCUCCCACAAGACCAGGGACUGGAAUUGUAGUGGCCAUAAAGAAACUUAAACCAGAAGGCUUUCAAGGCCACAGGGAAUGGCUGGCAGAAGUCAAUUAUCUAAGCCAGCUUCACCAUGAAAAUCUGGUGAAACUUAUUGGUUACUGCUCAGAUGGUAAAAACAGGCUUCUAGUUUAUGAGUUUAUGCAGAAAGGAAGUUUGGAAAAUCAUUUAUUUAGAAAAGGUGUUCAACCUAUUCCCUGGAUUACUCGGAUCAAUAUUGCAGUUGCUGUUGCAAGAGGAUUAACUUUUUUACACACUCUUGAUGCAAAUGUUAUAUAUCGUGACUUAAAGGCUUCCAAUAUCCUACUUGAUUCGGAUUUCAAUGCAAAACUUUCGGACUUUGGCUUGGCAAGAGAUGGUCCUACUGGAGAUAACACUCAUGUUUCAACCAGAGUUAUUGGAACUCAUGGUUAUGCUGCACCAGAGUAUGUAGCUACAGGUCAUUUGACACCUAGGAGUGAUGUUUACAGCUUUGGAGUUGUGCUGCUAGAGCUACUAACAGGAAGGCGCGUAGUUGAGGAUGAGAGACCUGGAUUUUCAGAAGAAACACUUGUAGAUUGGGCAAGGCCAUUCUUGAGUGAUAGCAGAAGAAUUUUGAGAAUCAUGGACACGAGGUUGGGUGGUCAGUACUCCAAGAAAGGAGCACAAGCUUCAGCAGCACUUGCACUACAGUGUCUAAACACUGAUCCUAAGUAUAGGCCAACCAUGGUGAAUGUUCUAGCAACAUUGGAAUCAUUACAUUCCUUAAAUUCAUUUCCAAGGACCCCAAAAUCUGGAAAUGAUAAUCAUACAACCAAGCAUUCUAGUCACUCCAACAAGUCUGCCUCAAAUAGUAACAAACUAUGAGCUACUAAUGCUUCUGCAUCCCAACAAGUGUUUUGUUCUUUCAAUUUUGAGGCUAAGUGAAUAUUUUCAUCCAGGCGUGGGGCAAAGUAUAAUUCAGUUUUUGGUUCAUUAGUAGAAAGCACUAUUAAGCAGUUGGAUGCUUAUGAUAUGAAAUCAAUUGUUUUAAAUGGUAUAGUUUUUAAUUUUAAUUUUUUGAAGAGUUGAAAAGGAUAUAUACUAUAGUUAGAAAAGGGUAUCUGUUGGGAAAAGUGGAUCCUUUAAAUGCAUAUAGUUUUUCAAGGAUUAGUGUUUCACUUUCAACUAAAAAUAUCCUGGGUUGAAGAAAAAAUCCAAAAUUUGUAACUUCA